GUCAGGGAGAUGCAGGACAAGGUCCUGGACAUGGAGAAGCGGCAGCCGCUGCUGCCGGACGACUCCAGCGUGGUUCGGCUGCAGGAGGAGCUGCAGGAGCUGGCACUGAGGGACAUUGGGGACAUCGGAGACAGCUGGCAGGUGUGUCCCCAGGUGUGCGGGGGCCGCUGGAAGGAGCCGCGGGCGCUGCACGAGGCCGUGCUGGGGGUGCAGCUCCGCGAGAGCCAGGCCCAGGUGGAGCUGAGAGCGCUGAGACAGAGAGUGCUGCACCUGGAGACACAGGGGCGGAUCCAGCGGUCGGUGCUGGGCCGGGCCGAGCAGGCCUGCGCUGGCCUGCGGGAGCAGCUCCGCGCCGCGGCCGCCCAGAGCCAGGGGCUGCAGGCCCAGCUCAGCGAGAGCCACCGCAAACACGCCGAGGCUCAGUGCAAGAGCAAGGAGGAGGUGAUGGCCGUGCGGCUGCGCGAGGCCGACAGCAUGGCCGCCCUGGCCGAGAUGAGGCAGCGCGUGGCCGAGCUGGAGAUCCAGCGGGAGGAGGGGCGCCUGCAGGGCCAGCUGGAGCACUCGGACGCGGCGCAGUACAUCUGUCACCUGCAGGGCCACAUCCGGCAGCUCAAGGCUGAGAUCCGGCUGCUGCGGGGGCCGCUGUCCUUCGGCGCGGUGGCCUUGGGGACACGCCUGGGGGACGAGGACUCGCUGGGCUCCUCAGACGAGGAGCUGCCACCGCCCUUCGCCCUGACCCCGGGGGACAUCGGGGACAUUGGGGACACCGGGGACAGCAGUGACAGCGAGCCCGAGGUGGCACCAACAGCACCCUGACCUGAGGGGACAUUGGGGACACCGGGGACAGCAGCGACAGCGAGCCCGAGGUGGCACCAACAGCACCCUGACCUGAGGGGACACUGGGGACAGACAGCCCAAGGUGGCACCGACAGCACCGUGACCAACAGGACAUCGGGAUAUUGAGGACACUGGGGACAUCGGGGACAGCAAGCCCGAGGUGGCACCAAUGGCACCGUGACCCACAGGGGACAUUGGGGACACUGGGGACAGCAGCAACAGUGAGCCUGAGGUGGCACCGACA